UUCUUUCAACUCCAUUUUUUUCUUCUGAACUCUCGAUUUCUUCAACUGCUACACGUUUUGUUCUUCCAUCCCCGCAAAAGCUCUGCAAAUAUACAGUUCUCCCACCCCUCUUAUGAAUCAUUGUCAGUAGAAUCUGAAUCUAUAGGAAUAUUUUGAUGACCUUUCGUGUUCAUUUUACUUGAAGAGCGGAUGCCACAUAGAGACUUAUAUAUAUCAUUUAAUACACAGGCGUAUAUAUGAAACUGAAAUGCACAAUUCUAGCCAACUCAAGAAAGAAUUUAUCAAGAAAUGGGUUCAGGGACUUCAAAUAUGUUGUUCUUCAAAGAAGCAAAUGAAUCUCUUGGAAAGAAAGAAGAAAAUAAAGCUUUCAGCAGACAUUGCCUUAGCUACUGCAAAAAAUGCUACAACUUCUUGGAGUAAAGCUCUCAUUUCAAACGCCAAAAAAGACAAAGAAAACGAGAUUCUUGUGCAAAACUUAGCACGCAAUGAAUUAAAGCUCAUGGUUGCACACCAAAAAGUCACUUGCAACAAGAGAAUAAGAAGCAAGAAAAUCUUGAAAACGAGUUUUCGUUUUGGGAAACGAAUUAAGAAGAUGGGAAAUCGUCGAUCAGAUUUAGCAACUUGUAUUGCUACAAGAUUGGUGAAGAAGAAAACCCAGGUGCUUAAAAAACUUGUACCAGGUGGAGAAGCCAUGGAUGAUUUCACCAUCUUUAAAGAAGCAUUAGACUAUAUACUUUCUCUUAGGGUACAAGUUGAUGUCAUGAUGAAUCUUGUGAAUUCUACCAAGAUUUUAAGUUAAUAUAAAUAAAAAUGUAGGUUAUUAACGUAGGUUCAUUUCUAAAUUGUAGCAGGAAGAAAGACACUAAAAAUAGAGCCUGAAGAAAUCGUACAUGUAUUCUUCUAAACUCAGGAAAGAGUGUUGAGAAAACAAUAUUUCCAUGUAUUGAUUAGGCCUUGGUUAUUUGUACUUGAAAGCUAAAAAAAUAUUUGCAGCUA